AUGGAUUCAAGCCAGUUAAAUCUGCAGGUGGAAAACGCUUCCAAUGAUGAAAACGCCACCGACGCACCGCUUGCGCUGCCGCACACGGAGGCAGCCACAGCUCUCAUCAUCCUGGUGGUCACUGCGAUCAUCUCUCUGACUAUUGUUGGUAAUGUGUUGGUGAUUGUUGCGGUGCUGACUAGUCGGGCUCUCCGUGCGCCCCAGAAUCUUUUCUUGGUCUCUCUAGCUUCGGCGGACAUUCUGGUGGCCACGUUGGUCAUCCCCUUCUCUCUUGUGAAUGAGGUAAUGGGCUACUGGUACUUCGGAAGUACUUGGUGCGCAUUCUAUCUGGCCCUGGAUGUGUUGUUCUGCACCUCAUCCAUCGUGCACCUGUGCGCCAUCAGCCUGGACCGCUACUGGUCUGUGACAAAGGCUGUGAGUUACAACCUGAAGCGAACGCCAAAGCGCAUCAAGUCCAUGAUCGCCGUCGUGUGGAUAAUAUCUGCUAUCAUCUCUUUCCCCCCUCUCCUCAUGACCAAACACGACGAACGAGAGUGUCUGCUGAACGAUGAUACCUGGUACAUACUGUCUUCGUGCCUGGUGUCAUUCUUCGCCCCGGGUCUCAUCAUGAUUCUUGUGUACUGCAAAAUUUAUAAAGUGGCCAAGCAGCGCUCCUCCACUGUGUUCGUGGCCAAGAAUGGCCUGGAAAGGCAGCCAUCUCAGUCAGAGACCUGUUUUGUCAGGAAGGACGGGUUCGAGGGGGAGAGUCCUAGCAGCCAAAGCACCGGCAGCCAGCAGCAGAGGCAGGGGGAGCUGGACGACAUUGACCUGGAGGAGAGCUGCUACUCCUCCGACGCGAAACCCCGUCACCACCGCUUCACCAAGCGCAGGAAAGUGGAAGGAUCGGACUGCUGCCCGCCACAGAACUGCCGCCUGUCCUGGGCUUCUGCCCGGGCGUUGCAGCCCUGCCCGGAGCAGAGGACCUCAUCCGGUCAACAGAAGCUGGCCGCAGCCAAUAAGACUAAAGUGGCACAGAUGCGGGAGAAGCGUUUCACCUUCGUGCUGGCCGUGGUGAUGGGCGUUUUUGUGCUCUGCUGGUUCCCGUUCUUCUUUACUUACAGCCUACAUGCAAUCUGCAGAGAGAGCUGCUACAUCCCUGGUGCACUUUUCAACCUUUUCUUUUGGAUUGGUUACUGCAAUAGUUCUGUGAACCCCAUCAUUUACACCAUUUUUAACAGGGAUUUCAGGAGGGCUUUCAAGAAAAUCAUAUGCAGAACUUCAAAGAGAACAUAA